AUGGCCGCUCCCCUGCGCAACCGCGCCGGCGACAGCCGCAGCCCCUACGUCCAGGCCCUCGCCUCGAGCCCCGUCAUGUGGCAGCUGCUCGACAGCGAGGCCGUCGACCGCGCCCGCGCCGAGAACAAGCCCAUCUUCAUGAACAUCGGCUUCCGCGCCUGCCACUACUGCCGCCUGACCAUCCACGAGUCCUUCUCCCACCCCGCCGUCGCCGCCAUCCUCAACAAGUCCUUUGUCCCCAUCGUCGUCGACCGCGAGGAGAGGCCCGACGUCGACGCCGUCUACUGGAACUACAUCCAGACCCUCAACAGCAACGCCGGCUGGCCCAUCCACGUCUUCCUCACCCCCGACCUCGAGCCCGUCUUUGGCGGCACCUACUGGCCCGCCCCCGGUUCCGCUUCCAACGCCUCCGGCGGCAGGGUCAGCGAGGAGGAGGGCACGCUCGACUUUCUCGGCAUACUGAAGAAGUUGCAGCAGUCGUGGGAGGACCGGGAGGCUCAGUGCCGCGCAGAGGCCAAGGACACCGUCGUCAAGCUCCAGAAGUUCGCCGCUGAGGGUACUCUCGGGGCACGCCGCCGUGCCGCCAAGCCAGCCGCGACGACGACGACGACUACGACGACGACGUCUUCUGCUGGCGAGUCAGCAGCAACCGGUGCUGCUGCUGCAGCAGGCACCGCCGACCCCAAGCCCUCGAUCGCCAGCGACCUCGAGCUCGACCUCGACCAGCUCGAGGAGGCCUACACGCAGCUGGCCGGCACCUUUGACAGCGCCCACGGCGGCUUCGGCUUCCUGCCCAAGUUCAUCACGCCCGCCAAGUUCUCCUUCCUGCUGCGCCUCGCGCGCUUCCCCGCCGCCGUGCGCGACGUCGUCGGCGACAAGGAGGUCGCCCAGGCGACGCAGAUGGCCCUGCACACGCUGCGCCGCAUCCGCGACGGCGCCGUGCGCGACCACGUCGGAGCCGGCUUCGCGCGCUACAGCAUCACCGAGGACUGGACCCUGCCCACGUUCGAGAAGAUGGUCGCCGACAACGCCCACCUGCUCAGCCUCUUCCUCGACGCCUGGCUGUCCGCGGCCGACGAGGACGGGAGGCAGCCCGCCAGGGACGGCGAGUUCGCCGACGUCGUCCUCGAGCUCGCCGACUACCUCACCAGCGCGCCCGUGCUCAACCCCGACGGCAGCUUCGCCACCAGCGAGGCGGCCGACUCGUUCUACCGCCGCGGCGACCGCGAGAUGCGCGAGGGCGCCUACUACAUGUGGACGCGGCGCGAGUUCGACGCCGUCGUCGGCCAGCCCGGCCGGGGCGAGUCCGCCACCGACGGCGAGACGGCGAGCGCCGUGGCCGCCGCGCACUGGAACGUGCUCGAGCACGGCAACGUCGAGCAGGAGUUCGACCCGGACGACGAGUUCAUCAACCAGAACGUGCUGUACAUGGUCAAGGACGCCGCCGAGCUGGGCCGCCAGUUCGGCCUGUCCCCGGCCGAGGUGCGCGCCGUGCUGGCCUCGGCACGCCGCAAGCUCCGCGCCCACCGCGAGCGCGAGCGCGUGAGGCCCGACGUCGACGCGAAAGUGGUCACGGCGUACAACGGCAUGGUCAUCGCGGCGCUGGCGCGGGCGGGCGCUGCCCUCGCGCGGACGGGCGUCGACAAGAGCGCUGGGGAGCGCUACAUCCAGGCCGCGGCCGCGGCCGCCCGGUUCCUGCGGGACAACCUGUGGGAUGCCGAGGGAGCGGUCCUGUAUCGGAUGUACCACGGCGGAGGGCGUGCGGAUACCAGGGGCUUCGCGGACGACUACGCCUUCCUGAUCGACGGGCUGCUGGAGCUGUACGAGGCGACGGGCGAGGCGGAGUGGCUGCAGUGGGCGGACCAGCUUCAAAAGAACCAAAUAUCCCUCUUCUACGACCACCCCGCCCCGGCAAGCAGCACCGCCGGCUCCCGGCCCUCCACCGCCGCGGGCCAGGAAUCCUCCUCCUCCUCCUCCUCGGCCACCCACUCAGCCAGCGGCGCCUUCUACUCCACCCCCGACCCCGCACAGGCGCCGCACGUCAUCCUCCGCCUCAAGGACGGCAUGGACACGACGCAGCCGUCCACCAACGCCGUCUCGGCGUCCAACCUGUUCCGCCUCGGCGGCCUGCUCGGCGACGGCGACGACGGUGACGACGGCGAGUACACGCGCCUCGCCGUCGAGACGGUCCACGCCUUCGAGGUCGAGAUGCUGCAGCACCCCUGGCUGUUCCCGGGCCUGCUGUCGGGCGUCGUGAGCGCGCGGCUCGGCGGCCGGCGGUUCGCGCUCUGUGGCGGCGGCGACGGCGCGGAGGGCGGGGAGCUGGUUGCGCGGUACUUUGCGCUGCCGCGGGGCGGGCUGAGGAGUCUGCUUACCCUUGGCGGGGACAAGGAGAAGCAGAAGCAAGGGGAGUGGUUGGAGGAGAGGAGUACGGGGCUCGGGGAGCUGCUGGGCGGAGAGAGGAAGGGGCUGUUUGUCUUUGAGGAUGGCAAGUGGCGCAAGGCUACGGCCAAGGACUUUGAGGAGGUUUGA